AUUUCAUUUCGCAUAUUCGAGCGAACCUAAAUAAAUACAUAGUGUACCUACUUCCUGACCUGUCCCCAAACUCACUGCUGAUAUAAAUAGUGUUAAUCUGAGCUCAAUAAUCAGUCACAGUCAGAACUCGACAAUAACCACAACAACAAUGGCAUCUAAGUUCGUAGUCCUCGCUCUCUGCGUAGCGGUCGCUCACGCCAGCGGUUACAGCAGCAGCAGCUUCUCCUACGGAGUGUCGGACCCCCACACCGGCGAUGUGAAGAGCCAGACCGAGAACCGCGUUGGCAACAGCGUGGUCGGACAAUACUCCCUGCUGGAGUCCGACGGCACCCGCCGCACCGUCGACUACGCCGCCGACGCACACAACGGCUUCAACGCUGUUGUGCGUAAAGACCCAGCCGUAAUCGCCGCUCCCGCCGUCGUCGCCGCCCCUGCUGUUGCCGCCGCUCCCGCCGCUUGGGGAUACGCCGCGCGCACUGUUGCCGCUGGACCUGCCGUCGUCGCUGCUCCCGCUGUUGCCGCCGCUCCCGCCGCUUGGGGAUACGCCGCCCGCACUGUAGCCGCCUCCCCCGCUGUCGUCGCUGCCGCCCCCGCUGUCGUCGCUGCCCCCGCUGUCGCCGCCGCUCCCGCCGCUUGGGGAUACGCCGCCCGCACCGUAGCCGCUGCUCCCGCCGCGUCUUGGGGAUACGGUGCUCCCGCCGUCGCCGCCGCUCCCGUCGCUUCCUGGGGAUACGCCGCCCGCGCCGCUCCCGUUGCCUACGGAGCCGCUGUCGCUCCCCUCGCCGGUGCUGUCGGCUACGGAGCCCACGGUGCCUGGUUAACACUCGACAAAAACACAUCAACAAUGGCAUCUAAGUUCGUAGUCCUCGCUCUCUGUGUAGCGGUCGCCAACGCUAGCGGCUACAGCAGCAGCAGCUUCUCCUACGGCGUGUCGGACCCCCACACCGGCGAUGUGAAGAGCCAGACCGAGAACCGCGUCGGCAACAACGUGGUCGGACAAUACUCCCUGCUGGAGUCCGACGGCACCCGCCGCACAGUCGACUACGCUGCCGACGCACACAAUGGCUUCAACGCUGUUGUACGUAGGGACCCAGCUGUGAUCGCCGCUCCUGCUGUUGCCGCCGCACCCGCUGCUUGGGGAUACGCCGCCCGCACCGUUGCCGCCGCUCCCGCUGUCGUCGCUGCCCCCGCCGCGUCCUGGGGAUACGCCGCCCGCACCGUUGCCGCCGCUCCCGCUGUCGUCGCUGCCCCCGCCGCGUCCUGGGGAUACGCCGCCCGCACCGUCGCCGCUGCUCCUGCCAUCGCUGCCGCUCCCGCCGCGUCCUGGGGAUACGCUGCCCGCGCAGUAGCCGCUGCUCCCGCCGUUGUUGCUGCUCCCGCUGCUUCUUGGGGAUACGCCGCCCGCGCUGUAGCUGCCGCUCCCGCUGUCGUCUCUGCCCCUGCCGUCGCCGCCGCUCCCGCCGCGUCUUGGGGAUACGCUGCCGCUGCUCCCGUCGCUUCCUGGGGAUACGCCGCCAAUGCCGCCCCCGUAGCUUACGGAAACGCCGCAGGUUACGGUGCCCACGGUGCUGCCCGUGUUGGUUGGUAAAUUAUUAUUUAAAAAUACGUCUGAGUGCUGUGAUUUUUGUAAAUACGAGUAUGAAUAAUGUUGUGAAAUAAAACGAUAUCGAUAUUAAAUAAA